AUGGAUACUGACAGCAUUGACGCCUUCAGUCUGCACCUCAUGGCAACUAAAUCCCAAACCUGCAAUGUUACCGCCGGAUCAACCUCCCGGCCCAGGUCGCUCCACAUUGGACGGAAGUUAUGGGUGAGUUUUCAACAGCGGCAAUAUCUAGAGGGCGCUUCCCGAGCAGAAUCGAUCAAUGAUCGGGCUACCGUGUUGCAGAAUCUUCUAGCUCCAGUGGCAAGCAUUGUAUGCGGAGAAUUUGUCAAUCGAGCACCUCGCUCCGGUAUUGCGGAUAUUCGCACGGUCCGCACUGGCCAAGUACCGGGCUUUGAUGGAUGCAAAGGAGAAAAGUACCAGCUGCAGAAGUCCGGUGCACGGGCCAGCUGUGCGACAGCCAUAUUUUUAAAACCCCACUCCAGUAGACAGGUCAGAAACAGGCCAUCGAGGAAGGUUGAACACGAGUACUCGGACAUGGCUUUCUGCACGGGUACAUCGUCUUUUUCCCUGGGCGCGAUCCAGGUUCCUGGGCCGGGAACCCGGUUACUGGGGCGGGUGUUCAUCCUAGCCUGCCCUAGUCCCUCGGCUGGAUGGACGCUGAUUGUUGACAAUCCCUGCACUAUUGGGGGUCGUCCUUAUCCCAUCAUGCUGCGAACUGUGCUUCCGCUCGUGCAUCAUCUGCUGCAGUGCAGGAGCAUUGGUGUCAUCCCAGACCAAAUGAGGCCAGCCCUGUUCCUUGAUUUGACAGCACCUGAUCGCGAUCGUGCUUCCAUGGACUUGCCACAGUUCGCAUACGUAGUGGCCCCUGUAAUUAACUCUCCUUAUGGUCCUAGGAUCGGAAACCCAAACUGUGGGAACCAACAGGCCGCGACUGGUCCUAGGUCCGGACUCGGUUUAUCUCCGCCGACCCUCAGGCGAAAUAGCGAAGAUGGUCGAUGUAUCUACCCACCUCAGCCUGGCUCUUGGACUUAA